GCUGCUGAUUGGCCCAGCCACACGGUGCGAGCACAUCCGGACCCCGCCUCAGCACUUGCUAUAGUACUAGUAUGUAUCAAGAAUCCUCGUCGGCCCCAUAGUCGACCGAACGCCUCAUAUCCUUCUUUCACCGAAGAACUCAACUCACUAAAGGAGCCUACUCCAACACCUUCGCAGUCCAUCAUGACCGACGAUAAAGGCCGAACCGUUACCAUUUACCAUGCCUACUGCCCCCCAGGAGUAAAGCGGGUUCUCGCCGUGGGAAGUAGUGCCUUCAUUGGAGAAGUGGACGAGUUGACUGUGCUCAAAUAUCCACUGGCCCCCGGCGCAGACAUGACCCGCCUUGAGGUAGAGAGGUAGCUAUUCGAGAUCAUUGGACCGCAUGAGCGCAUCAUCGCAUUCAAAGGCUCCACGGACACGGGAAUCUACUUGGAACGCGCCAUGAAUGGCACCGUGGCCGAAUACAUACUUGAAUCCGGCAAUCCGCUCCCUUCGGUCAAGCAGCGCUUGUGCUGGUGCCCGGAGGCUGCCGGGGCCGUCGCGUGGAUCCAUACUCGGCGAGUCCUCCACUGCGACAUCCAACCUACAAACCUGCUUCUCGAUAAGGAUCUUCAUAUCAAGCUCGCCGACUUUCAGGGCAGACACUUAUCGGAGGACGGCAAGGUGCUCCUUGAUGGUUGGAGCGGGGAGCCCAGUAGGUUCUGUUGCCCUCGGGACGAUGACUUCGAUGCAGACGUCAAGACGGACCUCUUUGCGCUAGGGUGUACCAUCUACUUUAUUAUGAUGGGGUAUGCCGUUUUCCCGGAUAUCAUUGACGGGGAAGACGGAUGGUAUAAGCAGGUGGAAGAAAGAUUCAGGCAGGGCAAGUUUCCUCGGGACAAGCAUACUUGUAGUGCUGUCACCCUGAAGUGCUGGCAGAAGGAAUAAGAAUGCGCCGAGGAAGUAGUUCGAGACCUCCAAGUUCUCGGAGGGGAGCCG